AGCUCAGGGCGGGCUGCAGAGAUGGUGGAAGGGCCAGGCUGUACUUUGAAUGGAGAGAAGAUUCGGGCGCGAGUGCGGCCAGGCCAAGCAGUGACCGGCGUGUGGGGACCAGCUCUGCAGAGCCUGGUGGGCCCUGCGAUGUUCCCUGCAGCCUUUCUGACUGUGGUCUCACCCCAGGCUGCUACCAUGAAUACUAAGAAUCCUGACUGCAAAUUCUUGAGACUGUUUAAUGGAUAUGUUUACAGUGGUGUGGAAACCUUGGGGAAGGAGCUGUUCAUGUACUUUGGCCCAAUAGCUUUACGGAUUCAUUUUGGGAUGAAAGGCUUCAUCUUGAUUAACCCACAAGAGUGUGAAAAUAGAGAUGGGGUCUCCCCAACUUUCCAAGUGCAGCUCACCAGGGACUUGAUCUGCUUCUUUGACUCUUCAGUAGAACUCAGAAAUUCAAUGGAAAGCCAACAGAGAGUAAGAAUGAUGGAAGAAUUGGAUGUGUGUUCACCAAAGUUCAGUUUGCCAAGAGCAGAAAGUGAAGUUAAAAGGCAGAAAGAUCGGAUGCUAUGUGAUGUGAUACUGGAUCAGAGAGUGUUGCCUGGUGUGGGAAAUAUCAUCAAGAAUGAAGCUCUCUUUGACAGCGGCCUCCAUCCGGCUGUUAAAGUGUAUCAGCUAUCAGAGGAGCAGACCCAUCACCUUGUGAAAAUGAUCCGUGAUUUCAGCAUUCUCUUCUAUAGGUGCUGUAAAGAAAAAUCUGCCAUUUCUAAACACUAUAAGGUUUAUAAGCGUCCAAACUGUGGUCAGUGCCACUGCAAAAUUACAGUGUGUCGCUUAGGGGAGAACAGCAGGAUGACAUAUUUCUGUCCUCACUGUCAGAAAGAAAACCCUCAGCAUGUUCAACUAUGCAAAUUGCCAAUGAGAAAAACUGUAAUCAGCUGGACUUCUAGGAAAGAAGAUUGCCUUAUGGACUCAGUAGCUCAGAAAUUUGAAGAGAAGUGGUCCUGUGUGGUCUGUACCCUCAUAAACAAACCCUCCGCUGAGGCCUGUGAUGCUUGCUUGACUGCAAGGCCUGUUGAUUCAGUGAUCAAAGAUGGAGAGAACAACAUUGACACGAGCAACUUAGUGAAGUACCCUUAUAAUAACUUUGGGAACACACAUACGGAAGUGAAGAUCAACAGGAAAACUGUAUUUGGAAGUACAACCCUCGUCUUGACUGAUUUCAGUAAUAAAUCCAGUACUUUGGCCAGAAAGAAAAGCCCAAACCAGAUAAUCAGUGGGGGAUUUCAAAACUUUCUUCCUACAGAAAUAUAUUUUAGUGAUCUACAGCACCCCUCCAAAGAAGGAACAAACUACAUAACUCAGCCAUCCAACAGGGUAAACACAUCACCUACAGUUUGUGCCCAGUCUAAAUUAUUUAGUUCAGCACAUAAAAAAUUGAAAACAGCUCACUCUUCAGAAGCAGGCCUUAAACAUUACAAACCUGCACUCUCUAACAGUGAACUCCAAACCACUACAGCAGAUGGUUCUCAUUCUGUAAAUGCUGGCAAUCCUCGGUGCAAGAAGCACAACUGCCUUUGUGUCCUCCACGUUGUGAAGAAGGAUGGGGAAAAUAAGGGGAGGCAGUUUUACACCUGUCCUCUACCCAGAGAAGCUCAAUGCGGAUUUUUUAAAUGGGCAGACUUAUCCUUCCCAUUGUGCAGACAUGGCAAACGCUCCAUUAUGAGAACUGUGCUGAAGAUUGGACCUAAUAAUGGGAAGAAUUUUUUUGUAUGUCCUUUGGAGAAAGCAAAGCAGUGUAACUUUUUCCAGUGGGCAGAAAGUGGACCAGGAAUGGAAAUUAUUCCAGGAUGCUAAUAUUUUUGCUUUGUUAAGGAAUGGCUGGCAUAUAAACUUGUCAAACUCACAAUGUUCAGACCCCUUUCUUUAGUAGAAAGCUUAUAGAAUACCUGUGGUACAUAUAAUUAAGAUCCUGUCAUAUUUGAGAAGUAUUCUUUGUUUAAAUAUGUCACCU